AUAGCAUAUAAGGUUCUCUCUCUCUCACGUAGUGUGUCGCACCAUGCAUAUCAGUUUGUUCAGUAUUAUAUCCAUUUUACUUUAAAAAUCACAUUUACACUCACAAAUUCACAUUCACCAUUAUCACUAUCACUAUCAUUAUCACCGCCACCUCCUCUCUCCAACCAGACACAAUGAACUCCUUACAAUCAUGGCCCGAACCAAUCAUCCGAGUUCAAUCCCUCUCCGACAGCGGCCUAACCUUUAUCCCAGACCAGUACGUAAAACCACUCGCCGACAGGCCAUCUCUAACCGAACCACCACCACCACCAGCCGAAAUCAACAUCCCGGUCAUUGACCUCUCCCAACUCUUCUCCCCCGACCGCUCAAUCCGAUCCGCUACAGCGCGUGUCAUCUCACGAGCGUGCAGCGAGUGGGGGUUCUUUCAAGUGGUGAACCACGGCGUGAGCCACGAGCUGAUGAAGCGGAUCCGAGAGGUGUGGCGCGAGUUUUUUGAACUUCCCUCGGAGGAGAAACAAGCCUACGCGAACUCACCGGCGACUUACGAGGGGUACGGAAGCCGGCUCGGAGUGGAGAAAGGAAUGAAGCUGGAUUGGAGUGAUUACUUCUUUCUUCAUUACCUUCCGGAGUCGCUGCGUGAUCAGAAUAAGUGGCCGAGUCUUCCUCUCUCGUGCAGGGAAUUGGUGGCAGAGUAUGGAAAUGAACUGGUUAAACUGUGUGGAAAAUUGAUGAAGGUUUUCUCAGUGAACCUGGGAUUGGAAGAGGACUACCUUGGAAAAGCUUUUGGAGGAGAAGAAGUAGCUGCUUGUAUGAGGGUGAAUUUCUAUCCAAAGUGUCCACAACCUGACCUCACAUUGGGUCUCUCCUCACACUCGGACCCCGGCGGCAUGACCCUUCUCCACUCCGAUGAUCAUGUCGCAGGCCUCCAAGUCCGGCGAGGUGAUGACUGGGUCACUGUUAAACCUGUUCCUAAUGCCUUCAUUGUCAACAUUGGUGAUCAAAUUCAGAUUCUAAGCAAUGCAACAUACAAGAGUGUGGAGCAUAGGGUGAUUGUGAAUUCAGCCAAAGAGAGACUAUCACUUGCCUUCUUCUACAACCCUAAUGGCAACAUUCUCAUUGAACCCGCCAGUGAGCUCGUGACGGAGGACUCACCGGCUUUGUAUCCGGCGAUGACAUUCAACAAGUACAGAUUGUUCAUCAGAACAAAAGGUCCUCGUGGCAAGUCACAAGUUGAAGCACUCAAAUCACCCCAUUAAUAAUUAGAACAUAAGGGCUGUGUUUUUUUUUUUUUUUUUCUUCAUGUUAUGGUUAUAAAAAAAAAAAAUUGCAUAAUGCAAUUUAUCUUUUGCAUGUUAAAUCAACUUUAGACUAUCCCUUUU